GCUCGCGCCGCCGGAAGUUCCGGCUUCACUUCCUGUACCGGGCCACGCCCCCCAGGCGCGGCGCGCCAAGCGGAGACCGCGCGGAAGUCGUCUGCCAGAACCCGAGGGCUCCAUGGGCGCCUCCCGGCUCUACACCCUGGUGCUGGUGGUGCAGCCUGAGCGAGUUCUCCUGGGCAUGAAGAAACGGGGCUUCGGCGCUGGCCGGUGGAACGGCUUCGGGGGCAAAGUUGAAGAGGGAGAGACCAUCGAGGACGGGGCGAAGAGGGAGCUGCAGGAGGAGUGUGGCGUGACCGUGGACGUGUUGCACAAGGCGGGCAACAUCAUGUUCGAGUUCGAGGGCAAGCCGGAGCGGAUGGACGUGCACAUCUUCCGAGCAGACGGCGUCCAGGGGACCCCUGUGGAAAGCGAUGAGAUGCGGCCUCAGUGGUUCCCGCUGGACCAGAUCCCCUUUGCCGACAUGUGGCCGGACGACAGCUACUGGUUCCCCCUCCUGCUGCAGAAGAGGAAGUUCCACGGGUACUUCAAGUUCCAGGGGCAGGACACCAUCCUGGACUACCAGCUGCGCGAGGUGGCCGAUGCCUAGGGUGGAACCCUGCCCGCCCCAGGUGGCGCAGUGGGUCCCGGGGCUGAGCACGGCCAGGUUUCCCAUCUGGAACUUGAUUGGAGGGGAAAGAGAAAUGUAAUAAAACAUCUUUUGCUUUUUCAA